AUGGGUGAUGCAGCAGCAGAAUUGGUUGAAUACACUGCUGAUGUCAUCAAUGAUGCAAGCCCUGAUGAUGUCAGCCAUGAUGCAAGCCCUGAUGAUGUCAGCCAUGAUGCAAGCCCUGAUGAUGUCAGCCAUGAUGCAAGCCGUGAUGAUGUCAGCCAUGAUGCAAGCCCUAAUGUUGUCAGCCAUGAUGUAAGCCCUGAUGAUGUCAGCCAUGAUGUAAGCCCUGAUGAUGUCAGCUGGUGGGAAGAGAAUUUUAUUGAUGUCCAUAUUCUUGACCUGGGUGAACAAUUCGUGCACUGUCGUAUCACUAGUAAAGCUGUCAAUGAAUCUAUUAUUGUUACUGUUGUUUAUGGUGCAACUGAGGUGAUUGACCGUUGGAUUUUGUGGACUACACUGGAAACACUCGCUCAGCAGUGCUCAGAUGUCCCGUGGUUGGUGGGAGGGGACUUUAAUGCAGUACGAGACCUUAAUGAGAGCAUUUGGCAUCAUGAGGUUGUUGGUAUACCUAUGUAUGCCGUGACACGUAAACUGAAGGCACUUAAACCGGUCUUCCGACUACAGAGGAGGAAUAAGGGGGAUUUGACGCUGAAUGUCCAAUUAGCCAAAGGUUUUCUCGAUGAGGCACAACAAUUGAUCAAUGAUGAGAAUGGUACCACACACACGGAUCAAGGGGAGGUCGCCCAUGAGUUUGUCUCAUACUAUCAGAACCUUUUAGGAGGUACCAGACGACGGUUGACAGUGGAUAUUCGAUACCUUAGACCAUGGGCGAGGCACUGUAUUACUGAUGAGGAAGCGAGCCACUUACUCCUACCAAUAUCGCCGAAUGAUGUGAAGCAAGCAGUGUUUGAUAUCGCUGAAGACAAGGCGCCGGGACCUGAUGGUUACUUGUUAGGGUUUUUUAAGGCGGCUUGGCCUGUGAUAGGGGAAGAAGUAACGAGGGCGGUUCUGGAUUUUUUUUCCACCGAAAAACUACUGAAACAGAUCAACUCCACAAUUUUGGCUCUAAUACCAAAGAGACUUAGUGUUUUGCUAGACAAGAUUAUUAGCCCCUGUCAGACAGCUUUUAUUCCGGGAAGAAGCAUUGGGGACAAUAUUUAUGCUAGCCCAGGAACUAUUCUCGGGCUAUAA